AUGGCUUCUUUUAUUAAGGCAAACAACACGUUCGCCAUUACCCUCCUGAAAAUGCUUUGCCAAGAAGAAGGAAAAGAUGUGUUGUUUUCUCCCCCAAGCAUCUCAUUUACCUUGGCCAUGGUUCUCUUGGGAGCAAAGAAUGAUACUGCAGCCCAAAUAGAACAAGUAAUUACUAUUGCUAACUACAGAGGUGAAGAUCUUAACCUGUGUUUCCAAUCACUUCUCACCCAAAUGAAUGAACCAGACCCUUCAUAUCUGCUUGAAACUACCAAUAGACUCUUUGGAGAGAAUGUUUUAAAUUUCCUCCCAUCUUUUAAAGAAUCCUGUGAAAAGUUUUACAAUUCUGUACUGGAACAUGUUUGCUUUUCUGAAGAGGCAGAGACCAUGAGGAAACACAUAAAUGCUUGGGUAGAAGACAACACUGAAGGUAAAAUUUUAGAGGCUGUACCCAUGGAUUCAGUUAAUCCACUUAACCUAUUGAUCUUUGUGAAUGCCAUCAAGUUUAAAUUAACAUGGAAGACUGAUCCUGAACCUAUGAAAAGAACCCCUAGAAGUCAUAAGCAGGAGUACAGAUUCAGUCAGAUUAUAUCAAAGGAAAAGCUAUUUCUGGGAUUCUAUAUAGAAGAGCUGAAUGCUACUGUUUAUAUAAGUUCAUAUGAUCAAACGGAAUUGAUUAUUAUAUUUGUGUUUCCUCGUGAUGAUGGCAAAAAGAUGGAAAAAGAGUUGACCUAUGAAACAUUUAUAGCCUGGACAAAGCCAGAUGUAAGAGCUUUGAAGAAAAUUUUGGGCAAACAAUUCUUACCCAAAAUCAAGAUAGAAAAGUCUUAUGACAUGUUUAAUAUUCUCUGCAGUUUGGGUAUGUGUGAUGCAUUUCAUAAGGAUAAGGCUGACUUUUCUGGACUGUCAGAACUCAAAGCUUUUUACCUAUUAAGUGUUUUUCACUCAUCUUCUCUGGAAUUCAAUGAAGAAGGGAUACAAGCAUCUGCUGCCACUGUAGCCUUGGAGAUACCAGGAAAUGCACAGGGAAAAAGAAGAUGUAAGACUGCUAGUUUAUAUUUUUUCUUUAUCUGGAGCCAAAAAAUUAAGAGUAUCCUGUUCUGUGGCAGAAUUUCCAGUUCUUAAAGAGAUGCAGCCACUCUCUCCAAAGCAUCACUGUUUCUGCUACUUCCCUGCCU